CUUUUUUAUAACCUCACAUCCCUCCCCUUACCUCCUUCAAUCUCUCAUCAACUCUCCCUUUCCCUCCUUCAUCAACAAUCCCUCUUUGUUCCAAUCUUUUCAUAAGCCCUCUUGUCACAUACCACUCAUACUUUACACAUUAACUUGGCUAAAAAUCCCUGUAACACAUUUUCUAGAAAAAUGUGCAGCUCUAACGCUAAGGUGACCACAGGAGUUGAAAUAACACCAGCAGUGGCCAGGAUCAAUGGCCGGCCAGUCCUUCAACCUACAUGUAAUCGUGUACCUACGCUUGAAAGGCAUAAUUCUCUAAAGAAAACAGCACUAAAGUCUCCUCCUCCUCCUCCACCGCCACUACCUCCACCAACUUCUGCUAAUAAGACCAACAAGGCCUCACCUCCUUUAUCCCCAAAGUCAAAGUCCCCCAGAUUACCAGCUACUAAGAGAGGGAGUGAUGCUGAUAGCUUGAAUUCAAGUUCUGAUAAGGUUGUGAUUCCAAGAAGCACUACAAAGACACCGAUUUUAGAGAGAAAGAAGUCGAAAAGUUUCAAGGAAACUAGUGUUGGGAGUGGAGCACUUUCUUCUUCUAUUGAGGCAUCGUUGAGUUAUUCUUCUUCUUUGAUCGUUGAGGCACCAGGGAGCUUUGCUGCCGUGAGGAGAGAACAAAUGGCACUCCAACAUGCACAGAGAAAGAUGAGAAUUGCUCAUUAUGGAAGAUCGAAGUCUUCCAGGUUUGAAGCUAAAGUUGUUCCUGUUGAUUCUUCAAUCAAUGUGACAACAAAGACUGAUGAAGAAGAAAAGAGAUGCAGUUUUAUCACGGCAAAUUCAGAUCCCAUCUAUGUUGCAUACCAUGAUAAAGAAUGGGGAGUUCCAGUCCAUGAUGACAAGAUGUUAUUUGAAUUGCUAGUUCUAAGCGGUGCUCAGGUUGGCUCGGAUUGGACUUCAAUCUUGAAGAAACGCCAAGAUUUCAGGGAUGCAUUUUCAGGAUUCGAUGCAGAAAUUGUGGCCAACAUUACUGAAAAACAAAUGAUGUCAAUCAGUGCAGAAUAUGGGAUUGAGAUUAGCCGAGUCCGAGGUGUUGUGGACAACUCUAAAAGAAUUCUCGAGAUCAAAAAGGAGUUCGGGUCAUUUGACAGAUACAUAUGGACAUUUGUGAAUAACAAGCCUUUCUCCAACCAAUACAAAUUUGGGCACAAGAUUCCAGUUAAGACAUCAAAAUCAGAAACUAUAAGCAAAGACAUGGUUAGGAGGGGGUUCAGGUUUGUUGGUCCAACCAUGGUUCACUCUUUCAUGCAAGCUGUAGGGUUAACCAAUGACCACUUGAUAACCUGCCACAGGCAUCUUCCAUGCACCUUAAUGGCAGCCCGCAGGCCUACCGAGGCACAAGCUGAUCAAUAGACUCAAACUGACAUUAAAAGGGGGGACACAGAAAAAUUAACAAGACAUAAAGAAUAUAUGCUAUAAUGCAUGUGUAGUUAAGCUCAUUCUCUAACUUGGAAUGGUUGUGUAUAAUAUUAGAUAGGAAGAAAUAUUAAAAGGGUUUGUGACUAGUCACUUUGUGAGAUGCUGUGAGAUUUUUCUUUUAAAUUUGUUUCUAAUUACAGUUUGAGUGCGCGAUGAAAUCGCGCUUAGAGAGAGGAAAGGUUGGCAUAGUACUGUUGUGGUGGAGGAGACAGGUAGCAUGUGCAAUUGGGAGGUAGUGGCAUGUGUGGGUUGCCAGUCUCUUUUUAUUCCAUGUGACCUCUCACACUUUGCCUUAUUCGAGGGGUUUUCCUUUAACAGGCUGUGUGAGAUACUCGUUGAAGGAGGGUAGGGCCACCUACUAUCAUCCCCACCUCCCUCUCUUUCUAUGUGUUUUGAGCUAUAAUUCUCCUGUAUUUUUAACCUUUUUAGCUUCUGAGGGGAUAUUAUACUCCAAAUGUGAAAUGUAUCUUUGAUUUGGUGUGGCA